GGCCCAUGAAAUGGGAGAGAUUACUUACGUGUAAGAAAUUUGGAAGAGGUGAAAGGAUAUCAUACCAUCGCUGAUCGUAUACAUAUGGCAGGUUGAACAUUGAUGGCCCAGAUGCACUGUUUGGCAUUAUGAGUAGCGAUGGGUGGGUGCUACAAUAUAUACAUUUAUAACCGCCAAGGAGUCUGCUUGUUUUACCAUGAGUGGUCCCGACCCAAACCUGUCAAACAAGGAGCAGGGACACCUGCAGAUGACCAGACGAUGAUGUUUGGGCUGUUCUUCUCUCUGAAGACUUUUGCAGCAGCAAUAGACCCAAGAACAGAUACUAAGACACAGCUUGGGACCCCGCUCAGAAUUGGGGAAUCAUGCACAUUCCGGAGCUUCAGAACAAACAACUACAAGCUCCAUUUCCUGGAGUCCCCAUCAGGAAUAAAGAUUGUCUUGAACACUGAUCCCAACGCCAGAGACUUGAGGGACAACCUGUCCUAUAUCUAUGGCUUGUAUGUGGAGUACGUGAUGAAGAACCCUCUGUACACACCUGGCGAGCCGUUCAAGUGUGAACUGUUCACGAGGAAUCUUUUCCAAUACGUCAAGACCAUUGGCUUGUAGUUGAACCAGGCACCACCGGUACCGUUUGGCCAUCAACACGUGCUAGCACUUGCCAAAGGGUUGACGUGUCACUGGAAAAUUCCAAAGGGACACAGCAGGCUGUCGUGUGUGGCGGCCAGCCAUCUGAGGCUUGGCAUCUGAUUGUCUAUCGUAUUCUUUAAGCUCAUCAGUGAGAGACGCAAGCUGUUGCUGGGCAAGGUUUUAUUGGGCCUAGCUGGUUUGCACAUGCGCUCUUGCCCAGAAUAUGUCCUGGCCCAUGGGAAUGAGAUCUCCUGCACAUAUGAGCCCCGCAGGUGGAACAGUUCCACCUGUUGCCCAGCUAAGCUUUCCUAUUAACAGCAUUGUAGUACUACUACAUAGUAUGCUUGCAUGUACCAAAUGGAGAUUUUAUGAUCAAUGCCCCCAAGUUUCCCAUGCAAUCAUGUUCAUAGUG